UAAUUAUGAAGUGAAAGGAGAUGAAAUAGUUAACAGGUGAGUUUUCAUAACCUAACUGUGUUUCUGCUCCUCCUACUUCUCUCUCUAACACACACACUGAACCAGGAAAUAACUCGUCAUUUCAGACAAACAAAUCUGAUCUCUAUUUCUCAGUUUGUAAAUGCAGGAAAAUGGCGGAGGCCAGUAUUUCAGUAGAUCAGGAUCAGUUCAUCUGUCCAGUGUGUCUGGAUCUCCUGAAAGAUCCGGUGACUGUCCCGUGUGGUCACAGUUUCUGUAAGGUGUGUAUUAAUGGCUGCUGGGAUCAGGAGAAUCAGAAGAGCGUCUACAGCUGUCCUCAGUGCAGAGACAUUUUCAUUGCAAGGCCUGUUCUAUGCAAAAACAGCAUGCUGGCUGAAGUGGUGGAGAAACUAUGGAAAAAGACUGAAGUCCAAGCUGCUUCUCCUGAUCACUGUUACGCCAGACCUGGAGAUGUGGAGUGUGAUUUCUGCACCAAGAGAAAACACAAAGCCGUCAAAUCCUGUCUGGUGUGUGUGGCUUCAUUCUGUGAAAUUCAUCUAAAACCUCAUCUAGAGGUUCCUGCUUUGAAAAAACACACAUUAACUGAAGCCUCAGCAAAACUAAAUGAUGAAAUCUGCUCUGAACAUAACAGGAUGAUUGAGAUCUACUGCAAAACUGAUCAAACCUGCAUCUGUUAUAUGUGUAUGAUGGAUAAACAUAAAGGACAUGACACCUUCACAGCCUCAAUAGAACGAGCUGAGAAACAGAGUGAGUUAAAGGAGGAGCAGAUGAAAUCCCAGCAGAGAAUCCAGGAGAAGCAGAAGAAGGUGCAGGAACUAAAACAGGCUGUGAACACUAUAAAGGUGAGCAGUGAGCAGAGACAGACAGCAGUGGAGGACACUGAGAGGAUCUUUACUGAGCUGAUCAGCUCCAUAGAGAAAAAGCGUUUGGAGGUGAUGGAGAUGAUCAGAGCUCAGGAGGAGGCUGAACUGAGUCGACCUGAACGGCUCCUGGAGGAACUGGAGCAGGAGAUCGCUGAUCUUCAGAGGAGAGUCACUGAGCUGGAGCAGCUUUCACACACACACGAUCACAUCCAUUUCCUCCAGAGUUUCCAGUCUCUCUGUGUCUCUGCUGGACAUUGGUCUCCUCAAUUAGUAAGACCAGAUUUUCACAUGUCCAGCAUCACUGUCCAUCAACAUCACUUCUCAGACGAAAUAAGAAAAUAUUUCUCAGAUCUGAAGAUGAAACUUGAGGAAUUCUGUGAGGAGGAAUUUUACAAAAUCCCUGCACAAGUUCAGUCUUUUUUCUCAGAGCCACAGAGCAGAGAUGAGUUUCUGAAAUAUUCAUGUUAUCUGACUCUGGAUCCCAACACGGCACAUCGUAACCUCAUUCUGUCUGAGAAGAACAGAGCAGUGAGAUACAGUGUGAGAGAGCAGUGGUACUCUGAUCAUCCAGAGAGAUUUGACUACUGGCCUCAAGUGUUGUGUGAGGAGAGUGUGUGUGGACGCUGUUACUGGGAGGUGGAGUGGAGCAGUAAUGCUAAUAGUGUUGUGUCCAUUUCAGUCUCAUAUAAAGACAUCAGAAGGAAAGGACGGGGUGAUGAGUGUGGGUUUGGAUACAACAAUCAGUCCUGGAGUCUGCAGCGUUCUUCUUCUUCUCUCUGUUUCGAUCACGACAACAUUAAGACUUAUCUCGGAGUUCCAGCACCAUCCAGAAUAGGAGUGUAUGUGGAUCACAGUGCAGGAACUCUGUCCUUCUACAGCGUCUCUGACACCAUGAAGCUCCUCCACAGAGUCCAAACAACAUUCACUCAGCCUCUAUAUGCUGGAUUUGGACUUUACUAUUCUACAGUGAGAUUGUGUGAUCCAGAAUAAAGUGUGUAGUGUUUGAUCUAAAAUUCCUGCACGUUGCCACAUUGUUGCUCAAACAUCUUUCUUACUAGCACACAAUCCAGCUGCAUAAAAGCAAUACCAUUUUAAUAAUUAUAACAGAUUAUUAAUUUUAUAAUAAUUAAAAACAAUUUUUUAGAAUUAACUGUCAGACAAGAAAUAAAUAGAAUGAAAAAAAUAAAUACAUUUGAAAAUUUGGAAAAAAAAACAACUUUGGCAUGAAUUGGAUUAUUUUGCUUUUGUUUUUAGUUCUUUCAUAAUCCUAAAAUUAGAUUUUAUUCAAUGGUUCCCACUGCAAUUCCAUCCCCUCACCAUGAGAGGGAACCAUCACCUGAAUACUGAGCACAUAGAAAAGUCAUGGUUUUAGUAUACAUAAACUAUGCUCACGCUAAAUACUGCUAAAAAUAUUGUAAUUUUUAUUACACACCAAGUUCCAUUCCAUUGUUCUAUGUUCUUUGCUCUACUGUGUAAUAACCUUGUUUGCCUCUUUACAUUUAUUGUGUAUUUCUUUGUGAUUUAGAUUUGUUUGUUUCCUGGACUGUUACCAAUUGGUGUACAGAACAUUAUGCCUGCAUCUGCAAUUAUAAUAUUGGAUUGUAUUUAGCAUAUUUUCUGCUUGGUUUCAAUAAAACCCUGCAUAUGGAU